UCCUAGGCAUUACGUGAACAAAUAGCGAGUAGCCUGGGAGCAGGUUGUGUAACUUUGCUAAUGUGCCAGUAACUUUAAAAUCCCUUCCUCCUUCUCCACUGCAGACAGUACCAAGAAAAUGUGAGGCACUCUAUACAGCUGCAGCUUUUGGCAAACCAGCUUUUGAAUACUCUCUAGUAUUUUUUUUGUGUGUACAUAUAUAUAUAUAAUAUUUUAAGGAAUCACACGAACUUUUACAUUUAAAAUAUAUUUGAUGGAAAUAUAGACUUUUUUGACAAAAAAAAUCUUCUGGGAAGUUACAAUUUUUUCUCGCUUGAUUUAAAAGAUGAAUUAUCAAACAUUAAUGUAUUUACUGAAACUUAUUGGCCUUUACUUGACUUGCCUGGUUCGAGAGAUCGAUGGACAGCGGCAAGAAGAGGACAGCAGUGCCGUUUGGCGCCAGCGAAUUCAGUGGAGAAACAACGGACGAGUUUAUAGUUUGUUGAGCCUGGGCUCCGAGUAUCAGCCGCCCCAGGGCUCAAGCGGGAGCAACCGCCUCUUCCUACUGAGUGACAGUGACACCAACAGCACGGUGGGCAGCGGCAGAGACAGCAACGCCAGGAGGAGACCCUCAUCUUCAACAGCUCAGUCUUCCCAAAACAGCUCUGGUGCCCGCGCAGUCCGACAACACGGGGACUCGACCUCAUCCCGAUCCCAGCAGCGCUCGUCCGGUGCCAGGCACUUGUCGCGAAGCUCAAAUCGUGGCAAUGCUAGACCUUCCGGGCCCCGCAAUCAGGAUGGGGCUCGAUCCAGCAGCGGGCUCAGGCAAGGGGCUGGGGUAACCCCAGGCUCCACCAACCAGGAUAUCCGUGAGGCACCUGCAACUGGCCAGAACAGUACGAGCCAGAGCCUUCAAGGGACUGCCAAUUCGGAUGUCAUGGUUGGGGAUGACCCUUACAACCCCUACAAGCAAACAGAUGACAACCCCUACUACAAUUACUACGACACGUACGAGAGACCCAGAGUUCGCCCCCGCAGACCUGGGUACGGUACCAGAUAUUUCCAGCAUGGUUUACCAGAUUUAGUCCCAGAUCCGUACUAUAUUCAAGUCUCAACAUACGUUCAGAAGAUGCACAUGUACAACCUUAGAUGCGCCGCAGAGGAAAAUUGCUUGGCAAGUUCAGCGUACAGUGCGGACGUCAGAGACUAUGAUAUGAGAGUGCUGCUAAGAUUCCCACAGAGAGUGAAGAACCAGGGCACAGCAGACUUUUUACCAAGCCGACCUCGUUACUCAUGGGAAUGGCACAGUUGUCACCGGCACUACCACAGCAUGGAUGAAUUCAGCCAUUAUGAUCUUCUGGAUGCCACCACGCAUAGAAAAGUUGCUGAAGGACAUAAAGCCAGUUUUUGUCUGGAGGACUCCUCUUGUGAUUAUGGGUAUUAUAGAAGAUAUGCUUGCACAGCACAUUCACAGGGAUUGAGUCCAGGGUGUUACGAUACCUACAAUGCUGAUAUUGACUGCCAAUGGAUCGAUAUUACAGAUGUUAAGGCAGGAAACUAUAUACUAAAAGUUGCAGUAAAUCCAAGCUAUUUAGUGCCAGAAUCAGACUACGCCAAUAAUGUUGUUCGUUGUGACCUUCGUUAUACAGGCCAUCAUGCUUAUACCUCGGGCUGUAGAAUCUCACAAUACUAACUUCAUAAAGAACAAAGUGUGUUUAAGAAUGGAUUGAAUCAGUAAAAUUGACAAGUCACAAAUAAGUCAAGUCAAGCUUGAGUCUACUUGGCACCAUUUCAAUUUCAACAGCCCCAAACAGGUAUUAUUUGCAGGAGAUGCUGAAAUCUAUGAGAACAAAUGUUUUAAAACCCGUAACACUGUGACUGGGAUCUCUGGAAACAAUCUUUACUAUUAUAAAUUUUGACAUUUUUACUCAUUCACUACACAUUGCCAUUGUGAUGUCACUUGUUACAGUUAACAUCCAUUUUGCUUAGAUGCAUUCUCCCAGGACCAAGGAUUGCAAUGGGAAUAAUGCCAGAUGGUAUCUUAUUACUGAAUGAAAGAAUGAACGUUUGGUAUGAUUAGACUGUAUGUAACCUGUUGUGAUAGACACUUGAGAAUAAAUAAGCGCAUGACUAUUCUAAAUCAUCCAUUCCAAAAUUGUUUUAUGUCAUGGCAACCAGGUUACCACCAUGACAGAAUAUCGUAAGACAGGGCAUAUAUCAUAAAAAAGUGGAUGAGCUAGAAAAAGACAUGUGAUUAUGCACAAUACUGUGUUUACAUUUAACAGUGAUCCAAUUACAUUCCACUGUUUCAUUCCAAACAACGAAUCCUUGGUUUGUUGCAGGAUGAUUGCCUUGUUAACAUGCACAUAUAACUAAGCACGUUAUAAUUACAGUGAAAACAUGAGAACUGUUUCUGUCUGUUGUUGUGCAUUGAUGCGCCAAAAAGAUGUAGAAAAUUAAGUGCUACUGCAAUGCAUUUGAGAUCUUCAGAGACCCGUUAAUAUAUGUUUUAUGUACUAUUUGACCCCAAAUCAUCAUUGGGGUCACUUCAAUUGGUUAAGGGCUUGUAUGCCUUUUUGUAAAUUUGAGCCUGACCUCUUCAUCAGAAGUUCCUCAAUGAGUGGUUAAAAUUUAUUCCUGUGGAAUAAAUGUUAAAGGCAUUUCAUCUUUUUUUGUUCUACAAUAAAAGCUGAGCAGAAUUACAAAUACAGUAACUAAAAUCUAACUGUCUUUGUAUAAAACUAUGUAAAUAUGAACAAAAGAACUUAAGAAUGAAGGAGCUUAUGAAUUCACACUUCCGUUUCUAAACAUAAUGCUCAACGGAUGGUUUGUUUCUAUCACUACAGUAUCUCAGAUUUUUUUUACUGUGGAUGAAAAUGGUUCCAAAUCAUAACAAUUAUUUAAAGUACAGCUUUUAAAAAUUAGUAAUGACAAUGAAGUGUAGCUUUUGAGUUUAAGUUAAUGUAAAUUUUCAUGUUUACAUUUAGUGCAAUCUUUGCUCAUGCAAAAGUUUGACUGCUCCAGAAAUAAAUUCAACAUAUUUAUCCUUAUGGAUAACUUCUGAAAAUUAAGAUUGCUAGCAAAUAUAAAAGAUGAAGACUUACAUAUAAUUAAAUUAUAUUUGGAGAAAAAUAAAACUGGAUUAAAAAAUCAAUUCAACCACUAAAGACAAGAACUUAUAUUUGGAACAAAUUAAAACAAAAAUGGCUUCAGGUCUCUGGAAUUAACUUGUAAAAGCCCUUUUGGGAUUCCUGAUCAGCUUCAUGAAUAGUGGCAACUAUACAAAUAAAUGUGAAGAAAUGCACCAUCAACAAAAUAAUAUAAAGCCUGAGGGUUUGAUGUCACAAUUAUAUAAAACACCAGCAACUCAGAAAACAGGGCAGAUGCAGACUGAAGGCCAUCUUUCAUUCAUAUCUACCAAGUGCAGAGAUAGUUAAAAGAACAUGUACAUUGGCUACUUACACAAAUUGAUGAUUUAAACACAAAUAAGGAAAGACACAAGGCACAUUUGGGAGGGGGGUGUAUAUGGUUGUGGCCCACUUAAUGAGGUGGAAGGGUAGCAGAUGUGGUCCCUGACCCCUUUUUGAUCUUACCAAGCUUAAAGUUUUGGCAACAAGGCCCACCAUGGACAGCCUUUCCACCAUGCUGCCAACUGAGCCUCUUAAUUGGGGAGCAACAAAAACAAAACUGUGAAGGGUUGCUUGUAGGCUAUGGGGGCCCCUGUAUAAUAUUCUUUCCUGCAGUCUCCUCCCACUGUCAUUCAGUUCAGAUUAAGGGCUCAGCACUUUGCUGGGUGGGUGUCAUACCAGCAUGAGCAGUUACCACCUUCAUUAUGGUCCUGCUAUCUCAAUAGAGUUGCCAGCCUCUGAUUGGCUGGCAGAUUUUGGCAAGCCCCGUGAUUCUUGAUAGCACGAAGACCCACUGCUGUCCAGUCAACUGCCUGAACAGAACAAGGUGGCACGCGACCCCAGAAACAGGCAAAUAGGAAUCUCUCUGGUGUGCCUUCUGACAACCAAAAUCGCUGUCAUCUCCAGAUGUUUUCACCAAAAGAAUGGUGUAUAUUUAUGAGUCUGAGUAACUAUCACCCCGUUGACUGAAUGCAAGUUCUGCAAAAAUAGGUUGCAUAAAUUGUCUGGUUUAUGUAUAGCGUGAAGACUUUCUGUACACACUAAUUUUGGCCUAGCAGGAGUACCCAGAAACUGUAUACGUUUAAUGAGCACUGAUAAAAGUGAUCCAUAAAAAUGAUCCAUUUUCUAAUUUUAAAAACUUUCAUUUGGAUGUGACACCUAAACUCCUAAGUGACCCAACCCUUUUAAGUAAUGUGUAAAUGGUACACAGUUGCUGAGCUGAAACUGAUUUGCCUGAAACAUUGACAUUGGUGAUUGAAUGCGUUUGCAUUAUUGGUUCGUGAUGUUUGUUUUAUUACCUGUAUUUAUUGCACAUGAUGAACUGAAACAAUCUGCAGGGUAAGGCCUAAAGCUAUACAGUGAAUAGAACUACCAAUACCAGAGUUCAAAAUGAGAAGCAAAAAAGUCAAUUAAAGUUUAAUUACUGUUAUGGAUCACAUAACACAAGAGACAGUUUGGUCUUUCAUGGUAUAUCAGCUCUUUGCAAAUGGUAUUAAAUUAGUCCCACUUCCCUGCUCUUGCCCCACAGUCCUGCACGUUUUCCUUUCCAAGUAUAUAUCGAAUUUCCUUAACUGCUUUUGAACCUGCCUCCACUAUUGUUUCAGGCAAUAUAUUCCAGUUCAUAACAAGCUGCUAUUUAAAAAAAACAUUUUUCCUCUCCUCUGAUUUCUUUCACUAAUUAUUUUAAAUUUUGUCCUUUGAUUAUCAACUCUCCUGUCAGUGAGAUGAGUUUUUUUUUCUUUAUUUCCUCGAUCAAAACUUCUCAUAAUUUCCAAUACCUUUAUUAGCCAUUCUCCAAGGAGAAUAAUCAUGGUUGCUUGUCUUUCAUUCUUUGUAUUAUUCUAGUAAAUCUUCACUGCACCCUCUCCAUGGGUUUGGCAUCAUUCCCAAGAUGUAAUGUUCAUUAUACUCCAGCCAUAGGGCCUAACUAGUAAUUUAUAAAGGUUCAGCAUAAUUGCCUUGCUUUUCUACAUGAAACCUCUAUUUAUAAAAGCAAAAAUCUCUCACUCUGGAAAAUAUUAGGGGAAAUUAUAACUGAUUGCUCUCCACCUCUACCCCAUUCUGCCUUUAAAAUGGCUGUGCAAAGACAUAUAUUCCAUUCCCUCAUUUUUCUAGGAGGCUUAAAUCUGAUGCAAGAGUUGUCUCAGCUCCCCUUCCUGAGAUUUACCUCGUGGCACCAAGGUAUUACCAAGCUACAUUAGCUUGAUCCACCUUACGUUUGUUAGCUGCACAUCAGUGGGCAGAUGACAGGAAGGACAUAAGUAAGACCCAGCUGUAAAAAUCAUCUGAGGCCUCCCACAGCAUCUCACAGAUAAUAAAGUGAAUUUUAACUUCCUUUCUAUGUCUGUUUCAUGAAGGUCUGUAUUUUCAAAGACGUUUAAAUCAUGCAGAAAUCUUUCAAUUGGCUAUAGAAAUUUCAGCACAGCCAGUAAAGAAUUUAAUUCCUGACAGUUUAAUAUUGUUAGUUGUAACGGCAAUAUUAAUAUUUACAGUACUCUAAGCAUCAUUUCCUUUGCACAACUUAAAUAGUCUGUUCCAGUCAAUCAACAUUACCAUUUCAUCAGUAUCAAUGAUGCACAGUUUGCAAGCAGUAGUAUCACAAUUAGCUGCUUAAUGUUGAAAUUUAUUUUGAAAAAUAAUUAAGUUAUCCAUUUCACACUUCUUUAAUGAUAUAGUCAAGAUGAAUUGUUCCAGAUACAAUGGUGUCAAAGAUUUUGGACAGAAAGCCAGUGUUUUGAAAAAAACAUCACAAUAUGGAAAAAUAUAAUUCCCCUACAUUGGUGUGCUGUUAGUGGAUAAAGAUACCAUAGUUACUUAUUCUGGUGAUCCUUGUUAAUAAUUACAGUGCAACAUCAUUUUGGAAGAUAAAGUUGCUUCUGCGGGGCUAACCAAGUAUAUAUAAAAAACAAAAUAGCUAUAUUUAUUGACCCUUUUGGGGAAACGUUUCAUCAUAAGAAGCCCUAGCAUGAAUGCACAAUUUUAUAACAGUCAAGAUUAAUGGUAAAGGCUGUGGGCUAUAAUUGAAUAAAAGAACAACUUCCAUUGUAAUGGGUUUUAUUCUCAAAGAUUUUCUAUAAUAAACAUCUUAAUACAAAAGAUGCUAUUUCAAUUUGGAACUUAGUUACAAAGAAAAACUUGGUUCAUAUAAAAUGCAAAGAAAAUGCUAUUGCUGGAAAUAUGCUCAGUGAUAAGUUAAAAAAAUGAAAUGCCACUAAGUUUACAAGCCUGUUUUGGUGCUUAUCACCAUAUAUAUCUGCUUUAUGAUGAAUUUCAUAAUUUUUAGCUGCAGGUAAUUUUUAUUUCUAGAAAUCAUUGUAUCUGUACUUGAAGCUUAUAGUUACUGUAAUAAUUUGUAGAUGGUAGAUAUGUAAUGGUUAUUGCAGAUUUAUAAUCCAGAGUUAUUUACCUAUAUCAGAUUGUGAGACCUUAACUUGAAUAAAAAUGUUUUCAACUCGUGA